AUGAAGAUUCGCAUUGAAGAUAACAUUAUCUACUCGCCCUACCCAAGCUCUGAAGUUCCAGUGUGCUCUUUUUACACUCUCGCAAGGGAGAGGCUGCUUGUGGAUCCCGAUAAGAUUGCUCUUUUUAGUGAUGUCAUCAGCCUCACACGUGCUGAGGCGCUGGCGGGCAUGGAACGCUACGCCGUCGGUUUCCGGCAGCAUGGCGUGCUUUCGGGAGACCGGAUGUGCAUUCAUCUGGACAAUACGGUGGAAAAUCUAUUGGCUAUGUACGGCUGCGUCCUAGCAGGAGCUACCAUUGUCUUAGCGAAGACAUCGCUGACUGAAGGAGAAAUCCGCUACCAUGCAGGAGACGGUGACUGCACACAUAUCAUCACUGACGAGCAGUAUGCCGUGAAGGUCAAGGCAGCAGUCGCAAGCCUGAAUAUAAAGGCACUCUUUUGCAUGGGUCGUGCCAUGGGCUUUGUGUCUGCUUCCGACUUUUUGAAGCUGGACGAGCAAGACUUCCGCGAGUGUGCCAUUGCCGACCCUCGUAGCACCGUUCUAGCCGUGUGCUACACGUCGGGAACCACGGGGAUGCCGAAGGGCGCUGAGAUUACGCACUACAACCUCGUUGCCGGCUACUACAUGAUGAGGUGCGAGUUCGGAAACCUGGAAGACCUCCUGCUGCAUAACCGCAUCAUUUUGAGGUCGACGGCGGCGUUGUUCUUCCCGUGUCAGCUUCAAGAUAUCGUGCGUGAGAUGAGACGCACUGGACGCGGAAUGUCCAGCAUGCGAAGAAUCGCCGUGGGUGGGAGUGUGGUCUCACCUUCCACAGCGGAGGCAGCAUGGAAAUCUUUCAGUGGUCUCAACCUCCUGCUGAAUGUGUACGGAUUGACAGAAUCGUGCGGCAUUAUCACAUGUCAACCGAAGACAGGCGAGCCCCAAACUACUGCUGAUGUAGGGGUUCCCUUACCCGGUGUACAGAUAAAGGUUGUGGAUGUGAACUCACGUCAGAAACUGAGUGCCCACCAGACAGGCGAGAUCUGCUUCCGCACAUUUUCUAUGGUGAGGGGUUAUUACAAGCGACCAAAAGAAACUGCCGAGCUUUUCGACGAAGAAGGCUGGUGUUUGUCAGGUGAUGCAGGAUACUACGACGAUGACGGCCGCCUAUACAUCUUCGAUCGCCUGAAACAGAUGAUCAAGUGCAUGGAUAAGCAGGUUGUCCCCGUAGAGUUAGAAGACCUGCUACUCCGACAGCACGUGGACGAGAUCGCCGAGGUUUGCGUAGUCGGCCUUCCGCACUCCGACUAUGGCGAGGCACCUGCGGCUGCCGUCGUACUUACGGAGAACGGCUGCAUGCAGGAACUACCGACACUGGCCGAGAGGAUAAAGGAUACGGUUGCCAGUAACCUUGCUGUCUACAAGCACCUGUAUGGUGGUGUUUAUUUUGUGGACUCUUUCCCGAAGACGGAGACAGGAAAAGUCAACAGAACAGCUCUGGCUCGCUCUCUCCUAAGUGUUUAGCUGU